AUGAACACCUCGCAUUCGCAGGAACCUAAGGACAGAAGUGUGAAAAUUUCGAAAGCAUUGGCUUAUUUGCUGAGACAUGGUGCUGUGAAGGAAAACUUGCCUAUAGAUUCUGAUGGUUACAUUGCAUUGGAUAGAAUACUGCAGCAUAACAGACUCAAAAGCUUGAAAGCAACGUCAACAGAAAUACAGCAUAUUGUUGCUAGUAAUGACAAGCAACGAUUUCAUAUCAAAACUGAUCCGAAUACAGGGAUAAUGUACGUCUGUGCAACACAAGGACAUACAUUGAAGCAAAUUGCUCCAUCGCAACACGUUUUAAAACCAAUUACCAACAUAGAACAACUAUCAAGUAAAUUGGUUCAUGGCACCAACGUAUCAAACUGCAUUUCAAUUCUUCACUCAGGUUUCAUCAAAAAAAUGUCACGGAACCAUGUUCAUUUGUCUCCCGGCAUUACUGGAAAAGAUACGGAUGUCAUCAGUGGAAUGAGAAGUUCUAGUAACGUUUACAUCCAUAUCAAAAGGAUCCAGGAAAUGCUAGACAGCCUCAACCUUGUGAAAUCAUUAAAUAAUGUUUACCUAACUUCUCAGGACAUACCGUUGAAAUUUAUUGAUUUCAUCCAAGUACGGAAAGGCAGAUCUGCAGCAUCUAGUGAACAACUUCAACAGCUAAAAAAGUUGGCUACAGAGAUGAAAGUUCCAAUCGAGAUUAUCUGA